CCUCCCGCGGAUCGCGCACACAGCGCUGCUGCGCGUGCUCGCGGAGCUAUAAAGGGAGCAGCGCGGAGCGCAGCCGGCAGACCGGCGCAGGCUGGCGGGAGGAUGGCGCAGCCGGACUCUGGCGCAGAGGCGCUGCAGACGCAGAGGAAGCUGCAGGAGUAGCAGCUGUCACAGCAGCAGCUGUCAGAGCAGCAGCUGUCACAGCAGCAGCUGUCAGAGCAGCAGCUGUCACAGCAGCAGCUGUCACAGCAGCCAUGCAGCAGAACCAGAGCGUCCAGACCGAGUCCUGCCUGCAGCAGCCGGGCCUCCGGGAGGACUCGGGCAGCAACCUGUCGCUGCACUGCUGGCUGCAGCUGCUCAGCAGGGAGUCCAUCAUGGAGUUCCAGGGGGACAGCUCCAGCGUGGGGGUGCGCGUGAUGAUUGCGUGCGUGUACUCUGUGGUCUGCGCGCUGGGGCUGGUGGGGAACUCUCUGGCUCUGUUCCUGCUCCACUCGCGCCACCGGCAGAAGCAGUCGUCCAUCAACUGCUUCGUCAUGGGCCUGGCCGUCACCGACCUGCAGUUCGUCCUGACGCUGCCCUUCUGGGCCGUGGACACGGCGCUGGACUUCCGCUGGCCGUUCGGCACAGUCAUGUGUAAGAUCGUCAGCUCGGUGACCACCAUGAACAUGUACGCCAGCGUCUUCUUCCUCACCGCCAUGAGCGUGGCGCGCUACUACUCCAUCUCCUCCGCCCUGAAGAUGCACAGUCGGCGGGCGGCGGCGGCCCGCGCCAAGUGGACCAGCCUGGGCAUCUGGGCCGUUUCUCUGCUGGCCACAUUGCCCCACGCCAUCUACUCCACCAGCGCCGAGGUGUCGGACGAGGAGCUGUGCCUGGUGAGGUUCCCGGACUCGGGCAGCUGGGACCCGCAGCUGCUGCUGGGGCUGUACCAGCUGCAGAAGGUGCUGCUGGGCUUCCUGCUGCCCCUCGUCAUCAUCAGCGUCUGCUACCUGCUGCUGCUGCGCAUCAUCCUCAGCAGACGCAUCGCCGGCGCCGCUGACCCCGAGGUCAAGCAGGGCCGGCAGAACCGGCGCUCUAAGGUCACCAAGUCCAUCGCCAUCGUGGUCUUGUCCUUCUUCGUGUGCUGGCUGCCCAACCAGGCGCUGACGCUGUGGGGGGUGCUCAUCAAGUUCGACCUGGUGCCGUUCAGUAAGGCGUUCUACAACGUGCAGGCGUACGCCUUCCCGCUGACCGUGUGCCUGGCGCACACCAACAGCUGCCUCAACCCCGUCCUCUACUGUCUCAUUCGCCGGGAGUUCCGGGCCGGCCUCAAAGAGCUCCUCCUCCACGCCACGCCGUCCUUCCAGAGCGUGACUCACCUGCUGCGGCGCCGGACCAAGGUGGCCGAGGCGCCACCCGUCCUGGUGCUGGUCCAGAUGGAUGUCUGAGCGCAGGAGCUGAACGGCGUGGGGCUGUGGUGGAGCGUGCCCCUCCAGACUCGCUCUCUCUGUCUGACACACAGAGCUGCUCCAGUGAGGCGGCGUGGACGACCUGCUGGCUGCAGCUCGGUGCGUGUCUGUGCUUUAGUGCUGUUGUGUUCAUUUGAAAUCAACUCUGACUGAAAAGGAUCACGCUCAGAUCUACUUUCUCUAUGUAAGAUGGAUUUCAAAACAGAGAAAAGAGCUAAAACCAUAAAUGAUCUGCAGUAUUCUGGAGAAAAGUCUGACAUUUGCAGCUGUUUGGAGAAAGACGAGUGAAUGACGAACGAGUAAAACAAACUGAAAACACAAACGUUGUGAAUUUCUUGUUGUUUUUUAAACAUGAAAACCUGCAGUUGAAGGAGCUUUCAUGACCUUUCAUGACCUUUCAUGAUCAGAUCAGAGCUCAGCAGUGCAAAAUGGUUUUCCUCUCACAUGCAGACAUGCUGUUCUGACAGCUGCAGAUGUGUCAGAUUGUACAUUAAUAAUUGAAAUAGGAAUAAAAUUUGCACCAUUUUCGAACCAGGCCAAUCCUUAAAAAAAAAAAAAGAGGAAUUUCUCUCUCUUUCUGGAUCUGACAGCAUCUUUUUCUGUCAAAUCCCUCAGAAAUGUCCGUGCAUGCUGCAGGAAGACUGCUCCUCUAAUGAUGGAGACACACUUCUGACUGCAUCAGGAUGCAUGCAGCCACUGUGAUGUUUGACAGAGAAUGAUAGAAACCGUCAUCUGUAGAUCCAGUCAGAUCAAACUGCAAUGAACGGCUCUUAACCUGAAAGUGGAUUUGGAAUAAUUGGGUCGGAGGACGUUAACAUUCAGCGCACAUCGACGGUGAGAUAAAUACAGGAGCAGAGGAGCUGAUGUUGGGGCAUCAGGCAGGAGCCGCUCUCAUCUGCAAUAAUCAGGUUUAAUCGUCACUUUUUGUUUGUGGAACAUCUCUUAAGCCAAUCGUGGAUCUACUUUCUGCUGAGGCGGACAAGGAGAGGAUCCUUCUGUUUCUGUUGUAACCAGAAGAGACAUUCUCCUUCCACUCAAACUCACUUUGUGACUGUCUUACUCAUGUAGUUAUCAGCUUUGGAGAAACUAAAAGCCCCUCAGUGGUCCUCCACCCUAACCAGGUGGAGGCCUUGAGAGAUUGAGAGAUCCCAUGAUCCAUGUCUG